AUGCCGUAUGCCAAAGGCAGCAAGAAACAGCCGUCUCGGCCGCGUAUCCGAGCGGGAAAGGCAUGUAAACGGUGUAACGAGAAACGCGUGAAAUGCGAUGCCAUGCUCCGCAUGCCAUGCAGCAACUGUGUCCACGACGCGAACGCCGAAUGUACUCUCCGUGAGUCCAAACGUGGGACAUAUAACCGCAGAGUUCGUGAUCAGAAUCCCUCCGCCGAAGUGGACAACGUGGAAGACGACCCCACGCGCUUAGCCACCGAAUUUUCAAAUACCCUGCAGAGUGCCGAGAGUGCUAUUCCACUAUCCUUGCAGGGAGGUGAGACCGGUGCCAGUGUCAUCGCGGAGGUUGCAGCUCCUGAUCCAAUUUCUGCCUUGCACCAGAGCGCGGAUGCCCAACUGUUUGCCCACAAUCCGUCAGUCUCGGUUCCUCUCGAUCACUACAACAAUGUUUCAACACAAGAAGAUCAAUCCUCGGAUGCGCCUCCAAUAUCGCCUUUACAUACCAAUAGAGCCCCCUCACCACGGCCAGCUCCUGUGGCAAAGGACUCCCUACCAGCGCAACGAUCGCAAGGAGAUGUAGAUACCACGUCAUCGUAUCGGGACAUCUCCUGGUCAGCCAUGUUUGACCAUUUUCUGAAUAGCCGGCAAGAUAGUAGAGAGUUUGUUGACAAGUGCUCAAUCACUUAUCUGGGAGAAUCAUUCCCAUUGGCGAUCGUUCUAGGGGACGUCAACGAAAGCGGCCGACAGAAGCUACACCACCCGGGACCACCUUUCCCAGAUAAAGGGGCGACAAAAGAUGUCACAUCCCAGGACCGACGCACACAUCUCAUGCCCGAAGACUUCGAGUAUCUGCACGCGAAGGGUGUGUUUGAAAUUCCAGAGAAAGCACAACUUGACAGUCUGAUAUCUGUCUUUCUUGAGAGUGUCUACCCUUUAUACCCGAUUGUGAGCCGACAGGAACUGAUACAGCAACACAAAAACGGGGCGAUCCCCUUGAUCCUCUUACAUUCAAUCAGUUUCAUAGCGGUGACAUUUUGCCCUCUUUCGGUCUUGCUCAGCGUGGGCUUUUUCUCCCGUCGCGAGGCCCGCGCCCACUUUUACAAAAAAGUGAAAGCCUUGUUUGAUUCUGGAUAUGAAGUGAACAAGUUAGUAAUCCUCCAGAGCGCCAUUCUCAUGUCGUUUUGGGGUGGAGGGCCAAAUAAUUACUGGAACUUUUAUUCUUGGGUAAGCACUGCCGUUACCAUUGCUGAAGCUGUUGGCAUCCACCGGUCAACCGCAACAACAAACAUGCAACCGCAGGAUAAAAGUUUACUUCGGAGACUGUGGUGGAUACUGGUAGUACGGGACAGCGUCUGCAGCGCCUUGGUCGGGCGUCCAUUCCGAAUCGACAUGGAUCAAUCUGACACGGAGAUGCUGACCAUUGAAGAUUUCGCCCAUGAUGCAACGUCGUCGGUCUUUCUCGAAGAUUCGGCUCACCAGAGAUAUGCCCUCUAUCAAAUCAACGUCGCAAAGCUCUCGCUUAUUCUCCGUGAUAUUGUCAUGAGUCGAUUUUAUCCAGGGAGACCACCGAUCCCAUCUGAGCAGCUCCACGAAAAGCUUACCUACUGGAAGCAGGGGCUACCUCAAACAUUGCAUUGGGGAGAGGAUGAAGCGGAUCAUCAAAAUCCAUUCUCUAUAUCUCUGUUCGUCCAGUACAAUCAUCAUCUCAUCUUGAUCUACAUCGGCCACCCACCCGAUGAAAAUAUCUGCCCUCGCAUGGAGCGUGAAAGAGAAGAGAUCACCAAUUCAGCUGCCCAAACUAUUUCCGCAGCAGCAUGUUCGAUCGUCACGAAAUCAUCCUUUCUGUCCGUCCCCCACGAAAUGUUUCACGGCAUCUUCCUAGCCCAGGCUGUCUUCUACACAAAACUGAAAAGCUCAAAUCAGUUAAUGGCACAGCUUGGCAGGUCUGCGCUCAAUAAUUGCCAAAUGGUGCUCCAUACGGUAUCCGAUUGCUGGGACCCUGGACCGUGGAUAAUGCAGUUAUUUGAGGGUCUAUCCGCCCGACGCCUGGACAGAGAAUCGGGCAGUCAGGAGCAGAGUAGCCAUGCGACGAUGACUGUUGAAACACCUUGGCUGAAUGGCGUGAUGGGAUCCACUCCCGAAGCAGGGGUUUUCAACGGCCUCUUGAGAGAUGAUGCGUGGAAAAACAAUCCAAUGCUAUCUUCCCUAUUUGAGAACCCUCCGGACAUACUCUUGCAGGAACCAUGA